AGGCGGAAUGGACCUACCAGCCGAUACUCCCAGCUUCAUCCUUAGCGUAACGGAGACGCGGGGGAAGCCAGGCCCGACAUGACAGCGCCGGGACGGGAGAAGAAAUCCCGCCAGCAGCCGCGGCUGACCGUCCGGCCCGAGGCGGUGCGCGCGGCGGCUCGCUACACCGUGCUGGCCGCGCUGUGCGCGCUCUGCUACAGCAACUCGCUCCGCGGGGAGUUGGUGCACGACGAUGUUUGGGCUAUCAUCAACAACCCGGACGUCCGAGCGGGCUCCAGCCUCAGAAACAUCUUUAGCAACGACUUCUGGGGGAAGAGGAUGGCGGACAACACGAGCCACAAGUCCUACAGACCGCUGUGCAUCCUCACCUUCAAGUUGAACAUCCUGCUGGGUGGCAUGAUGCCUCUUUAUUUCCACAUGGUGAACGUGUGUUUGCACUGUGCCGUGACCUGCCUGCUCAUGCACACGUGUGAACGCUGCGUGUUUGAAGACUCGCGCCUUGCCUUUGUCACAGCACUCCUCUUCGCUGUGCACCCCGUCCACACUGAAGCCGUGUCUGGUAUAGUGGGCAGAGCUGAUGUCCUGGCCUGUCUGCUGUUUUUGCUGACGUUCCUCUCCUACAUCAGGAGUGUGGCUGUAUGUCUCUCAGAGGACUCUCUGCCCUCCACAGUGUCUCCGUGGUGUCUGCUCGUCAGUUUGUUGCUGGGCACCUGCGCCAUGCUGGUCAAGGAGACAGGCAUCACCGUGUUCGGAGUGUGCGUGCUCUAUGAUGCCCUGGUGCUGUGCCGUAAGCCCCUCAUCCAUCACUCAUCCGGCUCCAGACUCAGGGACCUCCACCACAUCUGCAGCCCCUUCCUAAAACGAGCUGGCCUCAUCUCUGCCUACGUGGUGAUCAUCAUGUCGGUCAGGCUGUGGCUGAUGGGAGGAUCCAUGCCUCUCUUCUCUGAACAGGACAACCCCGCCUCCUUCUCCCCUCACCUGCUCACUAGGAUUUUGACCUAUUCCUACCUGCUGUCUUUCAACGCCUGGCUGCUGCUGGCCCCCGUGGUGCUGUGUUACGACUGGCAGGUGGGCAGCAUUCCCCUGGUGGAGUCGCUAGGUGACGUGCGCAACGUGGCCACUGUGCUGCUGGCCGUGGUGAUGGUGGCUCUCUGCCUGCACUGUGUCUUCUCACCACAGAGACAGGAGAGCAGGGAGGUGUUGGUGGGAAUGUUGUUUCUGGUGUUUCCCUUUAUUCCUGCCAGUAAUCUUUUCUUCAGGGUGGGAUUUGUUGUGGCUGAGAGGGUUCUCUACAUGCCAAGUAUGGGUUACUGUAUCCUGGUGGUCCAUGGCCUGAGCCGGCUGUGUUCAGUGGUGGGCCGUUGGGGCACCACAGUCCUCAGUGUCUCCAUGCUGCUGCUGCUCCUGCUCUUCUCCUGGAAGACCGUCCAGCAGAACCAUGUCUGGCUCUCCAGGGAGGCCCUCUUCCGCUCUGGUAUCCAGACUCUGCCUCACAAUGCCAAAGUCCAUUACAACUACGCCAACUUCCUGAAAGACAGCGGCCGGCACCAGGAGGCCAUUCACCACUACAGCACUGCCCUCAGGUUAUACCCCCGCCACGCCAGCGCUAUGAAUAAUCUCGGCACUCUGACUCGCAACCCAGAGGAGGCGGAGCACUACUACAGGAAGGCUCUGGACAUCAACCCUCAGCAUAACCGAGCUCUGUUUAACCUGGGAAACCUCCUCAAGUCCCAGGGGAAAGAGAAAGAAGCUGAAACUCUGCUGAGGGACUCCAUCCACUUUGGUCCACAUUUUGCUGAUGCUUACUCCAGUCUGGCAUCACUCUAUGCUGAGCAGAAACGCUUCACUGAGGCCAAUGAAGUGUAUGUGAAGGGUAUCGAGAACUGUCCAGACAGCUCUGACCUGCACAAUAACUACGGAGUCUUUCUGGUGGAUACAGGAGAGGGUGAGCUAGCAGCCGCUCACUACCAGCAGGCUGUCAGACUCAAACCAGCACACUACGUUGCCAUGGUGAACCUGGGCCGUCUGCUGCGAUCAUCCAAUGAGAACAAAGAAGCCGAGUCUUGGUACAAGAGGGCACUGCAGGUGACAAGGAAGGUGGACAUCCUGACUCCGCUGGGAGCUCUGUACUACAACACGGGGAGGUAUGAGGAGGCCCUGCAGGUGUACAAAGAGGCUGUCGCCCUGCAGCCAGACAGCACCGACAUCUGGCUGGCUUUGGCUCAGGUUUUAGCCAUGGCCGGCCGUACAAAAGAGGCAGAGAAGAUGACCCUGGACAUCAUCUCCAGAGAGGGCAGCUGCAUCGAGUGUUACCGCCUCCUGUCUGCCAUCUACAGCAAGCGUGGCAACUACACAGAGGCGCUGGAUGCUCUGGACAAGGCCCUGCAGCAGAGUCCCAGUGACCUGACAGUGAGAGCAGAGCUGUAUUUCUCCAAAGGAAACCAGCUCAGAGAGAUGAACCAGCUGGACCGAGCCUUCGAGAGCUAUAAGCUGGCUGUGGAGCUCAAACCUGACCAGUCGCAGGCCUGGAUGAACAUGGGAGGGAUUCAGCACAUCAAGGGAGACUAUGCAGCAGCUAGGAUGUACUACCAGCGAGCCCUGCUACUCAGCCCUGGUUCUAAGCUUCUGAAGGAAAACCUUGCCAAGCUGGACCGGCUGGAGAGGAGACUGACGGGGGGAGCGUAGACCACCAUGAUCCCACAGACUCUGCACCAUCCUGGGCACAGAUCAGGGGAGCCCCCUGCAGGAGCCCAAACAGCAGCCACAGAGCUGCUGGAGAAAACACACCUAAUGUGGUUACUGAGAUGAGCUGCUGGUGUGAGAGCAGAGGAGGAGGAGGGGGACUUGUCAGCGUUUCGAGGCAGACCGGCUGUGCUGGACUCAAAGAGACUGGUGGAGCCACAGUCCAGAAGCCUUUGGCCCGGUUAGCAGAAGGGACUGGCUGGAUGGAGUUCACUGGGAACUUCGUGUGUUGCCCUGUCUGCAUCAGCUUUACUUCAACACCUGCUUCAGACAUUUGUGUCAGAUUAUUAUUUCGGUUCAUGUGAAGUUAUUUCCUUUAUGGGAUUAAAUCAUAGAUUGUAUUUCAGAAUGAAUCAUUUAUUUACAUUACUGCAGUGAAAGUCUGUUAAAAAUGUUAUUAUUAUGAAGGAUAGAGCAUGACAGCAGUAUGUGCAACAACAUCAUCUAAGCUUUAAGGUCCACUCCCAAGCUUUCACAGCUUUCAGCCACAUCUUAAAGUCUUCAGUGAGUGGGGCCAUCGGUCAUGUGAUGAAGUGGUUGGUCAGUGUUGACCAAGAAAGAGGCAAAGUUAUCAACCAGGUACCAGUGGGCAGCCACAGAGAAAUCAAGAAGGACAUUCACAUCCAUCACCAAACCAUCGGCGGGGCAAAAUCAUUGAUUUCCAAGUCAGAGCUGGUUUGGGGAAGCUGGUUUGGAGAUGUAGCUCAUUAACCCUUAAAACCUGAGCAAAUUAAUCUUAUUUCUUUCAAAAAUAUGGGGCGAAGGCAAUUAGCAUCUUAACAAAACAUGGCCUAAAAAAAAGCUAAAAAUUAGCAAAAACUUGCAAGGAAACUACCUGAGAAUAAGGGGGA